AUGUUUCUGCUGCUGCUUCAACUGCUUGUGAUCUCAGGUCUUGGAGCAACAGGACAAGGUGGAGAGCUGCAAAGGAGCAAGAGGAGGAGACUUCAGCACCUUUCCUACCAAGAUAAAGAUUUACUUGAAAGAGAGGACCCUAGCAAGUUGCUGGUGCAAGAUCUCAUGGAUUAUGAAGAAAUCCUAGAAGAACCAAGUUUAUUUGUAGCAGCCCCAGAGCUGGCAGCAGAGAGCAGGAAGCAAGGAGAAAAAAAAUCAUCCAGAUUUAUCCUUCCCUACGUAGAGCUUGAUGUGUACCGAGAUCAGGGAAGCUGGACUGCAACAAAAGAGACCUCCCAUUCUGAAAACAUGAGACGUUUCCUACCUUCCCACUCAGUCAACAAGAAGGAAGCUGAGCCCCCCUACAGGAAAGAUGCUAAAAAAUUCUGGGACCAUUUCAUGUUAAAAAAAAAUUCAGCUUCUGAGGAGGUUGUCCUGCCAAUCAAGACCAACGAGAUGUACCAGGAGACCUGCAGGACGCUGCCUUUUUCCCAGAGUAUUGUGCAUGAGAACUGUGAAAAGGUGGUGGUGCAGAACAACCUGUGCUUUGGAAAGUGUAGUUCCUUUCAUGUCCCUGGCCCAGAAGAUCGUCUUUACACCUUUUGUUCCCACUGCUUGCCUACCAAGUUCACCAUGAAACACUUGGAGCUGAACUGCACCAGGUCUGUUGCUGUUGUUAAAGUGGUCAUGAUUGUGGAGGAUUGCAAGUGUGAGAUUCAGAAGAUUAAAGAUUCUGAAAUUGGACCCCUACAUUCAGACUUGAAUUCAAAUGUAUAUGAGCACAAUUAACCUGCUCAAA